UUUUCGUCUGAGCCUGGUUUCUCCCAAGGUUUUUUCUCCAUUUUGUCAUCGAUGGAGUUUUGUUUCCUUGCCACUGUCGCCUUUGGCUUGCUUAGUUGGGGACACUUGACUGAUUGCAAAGACAUUAUUGAAAGAGAGCUGAACUGAAUGAUGAUUUCACUGAAUCGACAAUAACAAAGCAGUGCUGCGCUACUGCGCUACAGUGCUGCGCUUCUGUUUCUGACACCCAUUUGUUAAGGAGCAGAAAUAUCAUGUUUUAUAUUAGUGAUGGAAAAGAGAUUACAGUACCUCUGUAAAAAACUAAGUCGGUCACAUUAGUUACAGUUGCUGUUUUUAUAAAAGUGCAGUUAUUUUUGUUACAUGUAAAAUUUCAAACUUUAAAUGUCUAACGAAAAUGUGUAUUUUCGCUUACUGUGCUUUGUCUGCUUGAGGUGCUGGAACUCGUUCUGGAAAGUUUAAUGGAGACACACUCUCUGGACAAACAUUUAAGCAAAGCAUUUUCUGGCUGAGAAUAAAAAAAAAGACUGAAAGCACAUAAAAAUGCAAGUGAAUUGAUUUUUUUUUUUUUUUUGAACAUUCUUGUAUUUCACAUUUAUUUAACCCUCCUACUGUUAACUUUGUGUUACCGUUUAUGGUGUGUUUAUAAGAGUGAUUUGUAAAAAAACAAAUAAAAAAAUUCUCUCAUCAGUAGGUUUAUGCUGUUUUUUGAGAUAUGAAGUACUUUACCUAUUUACCACAAAAUUCCUCAACUAUACCAAUAGCUUGCAUAUAAAAUAUUACAUUUGACUUAAUAAAAAAUAAACAAUAUUUGGCCCUCCUGCUGUAUGUUGUGGGGUUGUUCGUGCGUAAGCCUAAAGAUCAUCUUAAUUUAGCAAAACAAACAAUUCAGAGAGGACAUACAGGCUAUUACUAACGUGCAUUAUAAUGAAGGCUUUGAGAAACUAUAUAGCAUUACUAGAUAUUUAAACGGCAUAUACGACGAUCUACAGCGACUACGAACACAUUUACAAAAAAAAAACACGAACAUAUUUCCUAUCAUGUAUGCCUAUGAGAGACAAUCGAGCAAAUCAGAGUAGGUGUGGGGCGGAGCGGCACGUGCAGCCAGAUGUACUUUCACAUUUCUGACUCCCUCAACGCGGAGAAUACGGAUAAUGAACAGCCUAUUGAAAAAAGGAGAGACGAGUGGAACACCUCAACUGUCUGACUCUAUUGAGCUCAGCAGUAUGGGUCACCGUCUGACCAUUAUAUUAUUUGGAAACUCUGCUGCAGUCCAGUAUCAACACAAUAAUAUUCUACUUGGAGAAAUACAACCAAAUAUUGAAAAUGUAGCAAUAUCCAUGACUGUUUCUUCGCAGAUGAAGAUAUCAGGACAUUGCGUCUCAGUGAUCAACCUGAUUGGCUUACAUGAAACUGCACUUGAUCUGGAUUCUCUUACAGAUCAACUAGUGAAUGAAAAUGAAAUUAUCGCCUUCAUCUUUGUUGUGCGACUGGGCCAGUUAACAGAUGCUGAUAAGAUGGGUCUUGAGUGGCUUCAGAGAGUAUUUGGUGACAGAGUUCUUCAGUUUGUGAUGAUUCUCUUUACCUAUGAGAGCCAGGAAGAAUCUGACUCUAUAAUAGAUGAUCUGAAGAAAGACUCUACUCUGGAGCGGCUGAUUGAGAAAUGUGGUGGAAGAUAUCACACCUGCAGCAAGAAAAUGAACAACCAGUCAGAGAUGAGUGACCUGAUGAACAGAAUUGAGAAUCUGUUUACUGAUAAUAAACCGCAGUCCUACACUAGUGAGAUGUACAACACUGCAUUAAGGGAGAGAGAAGACCUGCAAAACAGGACAUCUCAAAGUGAUCAAUGCAGAAGAACAGAAGAGAGCAUGGAAAACAGCACAAGAACAGAGAAAAGAGAGAGACUUGAGGCAAAAGUAGACACACAUUCAGAAGAUGUUGCAAGACUGAAUCAAAGGAAAGAAAGUGGAAUCAGUGAAAAAGUAGAGCAUCUAUUUCAAAGACUCUGUCUUGAUAACAGACAUCAGUGUAAACUUAAAGCUGCAGAUGUUCUUCAGUUAACUGCACAUUCAUUACAGUCUCAUGAGUCUUGUACUGAGAAGGACCUCAUUCAGAAUUUCCUACAAAAACUACUGAUGAUGAACUACAGAGCAAGAUACAUCAAAAUUAAAGAGACCAAUCAGCAGCAUGACGAAUAACAAAGAAACUGUGGCUUAUCUGAAGAUGAGGGUGAUGUCGAUGUUUUCACAGAAAUGCUAUUGUUUACAGAAGAAACUAACAGGAGUGAUGCUAUUCACCCGAUGGAUGUUCAGAUGGCUGUGUUUCAUUGUGCUGAUAGUUUCCUGAAGCAGCUGAUGGUGACUAAACUGUCUCAGUGUCAGUACGCUCUGCCUCUGCUUGUUCCCGAUCCAUUCACACAAGAGAUUGAGUUUCCUCUCUGGACAUUCAGACAAAUAAACAAGAGCUGGAAGAUGAAAAAUGCUAAAAAUGAAACCAUCGGAAAAAUCCAGCCUAUCUGGAAGGCAGAAACACCAAUGGUGUCUUUCUUCAGGUUUGGCUCAGUGUCCUCAUCCAAAUCUCAGCUGUUGAGCAGUCUGAUCAAUGAAAAACACAACACGUUCUUCCACAGGAACUGCCCAGGCAGCAGCAGAACCAGAGUACUGAUGGAUGGAGUGGUGGAGAUUGCCUGGUACUGCCCCUCUGGAAAAGACACAGAUAAAUUCCGUAAAUGUGUUGCUUUCUGUAACCUUCACGGUGAUGCAGGAGACAACGAGAAACAGCUGCAGAUCCUCACUGGAAUGGCCUCAGUCAAUGUUGUUAUUCUACCACGACUUGACAGGAAUGACAAGAGUGCAGCAAACAUCCAAAACCUGUUCAAAGACAGAAAACCACUUAUUUUUCUUUUUACUGAGGAUAAAUCUAGAGUAACUAAGAUGAGGCAAGGAAAAUACAAAAUUGGAUUAAAAGACAGAAAUCAGUCGGAUGUAUCUGAAGACCUCGAAAAAGCUAUAAAUGAAUGUCUCUCAUCCUCAUCUUUAGAAUCAUCAUCUGUUUUUAGACUUGAAGAUGUGUCAAAACAGUCAGGUAUCAGAGUAGAUGAGGAACAUGACAAUGACUGCAGAAGAGGAAAAGAAGCAGCCCAGAAUAUAAUAAGUUUAGUGAAGGAUAAAGAUCUGACAGAAAUCAAAGAAUCAUUUCUGCCCUGUCAGGGCAAACUGUGGCAUCAGUGGUGUGAAAAGAACAAAGAAUUACAUCGAUCACAGGGAAAUGAAACAGACAUGGUAAUAAAACAGGAACAAGACAUGAAGAAAACCCGUGAAGAGCAGCAUGUGUUGGACAUUUGUGAGUUCAUGAAGUUGUUUAUUACAGAAAUGAAUUCACAAACUCCAAUUGAAAAGAUAUUUUUUCUUAAAUGGCUCACAAUCCUCCUGGAUGAAUACACUUCAGCUGACCUUUCUGCUCUACAUUACAAGUAUGAUGAAAAGUGGUCAGAAGUCUUAAAAUUGAAAGAGAAAAAUGGGGUAACUGAGCAACAGAUGACAACAAAUUUGACCAAUGAACAAACAGAACUUGAAAGGAUAUCAAAAGAACUUCGAGCUGCAACCUUUGGCUUGGAGCACAUCCUGAGGGAGAUCGGUCAGAUCUAUGAAUCGUGUAAAUCAGUGAAUAAGAACAAGGAAGGCCUGCCGUGUGAUUUUUCUUCUCUCCCGAGUCUUGCAGCAGAGAUGAUGAUCUCUGGAUUCCCACUGGAGCUGAUGGAUGGAGAUGCUGCUCAUGUUCCUGUGGUCUGGGUUACUGCUGUUCUACAUGAACUAAUCCAGAAACUGGGAGACCAGAGAGUCUUUGUGCUGUCAGUUUUAGGGAUCCAGAGCUCUGGAAAAUCCACUAUGUUGAACGCCAUGUUUGGACUCCAGUUUGCUGUCAGUGCUGGCAGAUGCACCAGAGGAGCUUUCAUGCAGCUGGUCAGAGUUUCAGAGGAGAUGAAAGAACAGCUUAACUUUGACUAUAUCCUCGUUGUUGAUACUGAGGGGCUUCGAGGUCUAGAACUGGCUGGAAGGUCAACAAGAAAUCAGGACAAUGAAUUGGCCACAUUUGUUGUUGGUAUUGGUAAUCUAACAUUAAUCAACAUUCUUGGAGAAAGCCCAUCAGAGCUGCAGGACAUUCUUCAGAUCAUUGUUCAGGCCUUCAUGAGGAUGAAGAAGGUGGAUCUGUCUCCCAGGUGCAUGUUUGUCCAUCAGAACAUUUCAGACAUCGCAGCAGGAGAGAAAAACAUGGAGGGAAGGAGACGGCUGCAGGAGACACUGGAUGAAAUGACAAAACUUGCUGCUAAAGAUGAAGUCUAUGUUGCAGAACGUUUCAGCGAUGUCAUUACUUUUGAUAUUCGGAAAGAUGUGAAAUAUUUUGCACAGCUGUGGGAGGGAAGUCCACCAAUGGCACCACCAAACCCCUCAUACUGUGAAAACAUCCAAGAGCUAAAGACCAUGUUUUUUAGCCAUGCCUCGAAAUCAGAUGGCUUAGAGCUAGCACAACUUAAACGCCGUAUUAAUGAUCUCUGGGAGGCUUUACUGAAUGAACGAUUUGUGUUCAGCUUCAGAAAUUCUCUGGAAAUCACAACAUACAGAAAACUGGAGACCGAAUACAGCAAGUGGUCCUGGAGUCUCCGCAGAACUAUGCUGGAUAUAGAGAACAAACUCUACAACAACAUAGAAAAUGAAACAAUUGAUAUAGUUUCAGAAAGUCAUCUUCAAGAAAAACUAAAAGUGAAAAGUGGAGAAGUAGAAAAAUCAAUGUCAGAACUCUUCGAGAAGGAUGAAGAUAAAGAUAUACUGAAACAGUGGAAAGCAUCAUUUUACAUCAAAAUUAAAGAGCUUAAAAAAAACAUUGUGGGAGAAACAAUGAGGAAAUUAAAUGAGAUUCUUAAGCAGCAACAUGUAAAGAAAGCGAUUGAUGCACAGAGGACAUGUCAUGAAAAUACUCUCUUGGAAAAGAGCAAAGAACUUGCGCUGACACUCAAAGACAAAGCCAAUAAUGAAACAAACUUGAAAAAAGAGUUUGAUUCAUUUUGGAAAGAUUGUGUUAAGAAGAUCAAAGCAGAAACUCCUCCAAUCAAAGACACUGAUGUAUUAAAAGACAUGCAACAACUCCUCCGUGACAUCUAUGAAAGUGGCCCUGUAAAAGCCUGGACAGAGAGCAAAGAUGUUUUCUCUGUGUUGAGUUAUUCAGAAUAUGUACAGUUCAAGAAAUCCAGUGAAAUUACAGGACAUGCUAAAAAUGAAAUAUCAGCUGAAAAGCUUGAUUAUAAACUAUCUCAGGAGGCGGAAGCCCAAAUUAGAGCCUUAGUAAAUGACAUUGCUCAUCAGACAGACCAAAAAAUCAUGUCAUAUAACAUUGCAAAGAUGGGCUACAAUAAAACGUACAUUCAAGAACUUGCAGAUUAUAUCAAAGCAAGAAUAGUAGAUUUUGAGCAAGAUUUCAGGAAUUAUGUGUUCAAAAAUGAAUUUUAUAUGGAUUUGGUCAUUUCCAUCUGUAAGAGAGAAAACAAAAUAAUUACUGACCAGCACAGAAGGUUCAGGGAAGCCAACGAUCCUGUUUUAUACUUUGAACAGAAGAGUGAAGAGUACUAUAGUAUUUUCCAGAAAUACUGUCAUGGUGCAACAUCAGCUGCCAUUUUUGGUGAGAUCAUUUGUCAGAAACUGAAAGAGCCCAUUCAGAAGAGUGUCUACAAAGAUACUGCCAGAGAUAUGACUAAUGAAAUUCGAACAAACUGUGAAUCACUAAAUGGAAACAGAUCUAAACUAGAGAAGCACAUUCUCAAGAGGUUGGCAGAACAGGAGGAUUUUAAGAAAUACAUGAACUACUUAAACAAUCCCAGAGACCACUUCAAGAGUUUUAUCAGAGAUGAAGUCAAUCAGUACAUCACUGAUAAGUUUGAAGUCAGUGUUAUCCCCAAGAUGAAUGAGAAAACUGAUCUCCUGUGCCAGAAGAUCAUGGAAGCGGUUCAUAAAGCGACUACACUGGUCAACACGACAAAUGGAGAUGUUCAGAAAUGGCUGAAUGAUUUCACACAGCAGCUCUCAGAUUUGCUGAUAUUCUCUGUUAAGGACCUCAGUGGAGUGAGUCUUGACAGUGUUAAUGAUUUCAGCCUCCUGGAAAAAGUAAUAAGUGUGGAACUUUGUUCAGUAUCUUCAGAAAUACAACAGAAAUUCAGCACAGAGACAUUUCCUGUAAAUCUGGAAGAGAAGGACAGACCAGAUGAGAUUCUGUUUGAUCAUCUCUGUCAGUGCUGCUGGGUUCAGUGUCCAUUCUGUGGAGCCACCUGCACCAACACAAUAGAAGACCACUCUGGAGAUCACAGUGUUCCUUUCCAUCGGGUCAAUGGGCUCACUGGGUGCUGUUAUCGGGAAACAGAGAAUCUUAGUGCAAAUUUUUGCACAUCUUUAGUGAGAACUGCUGACAUGUUCUAUACAGGUCAGUGGUUUCUUUGCAGAGAAUACAGAAAAGCAGGAAAUGUUUAUGCAGAAUGGAGCAUCACUCCUGACAUCUCUGAGCUGCCAUACUGGAAGUGGUUUGUGUACAGAUUUCAGAAAGAUCUUAAUGAAUACUUUGGGAAAACUUUCCACAUGUGGGAUAAGAUUUCAGAUGAAUGGAAUCAAUACUCAAAAGAGCAAGCUAUUGAGAGCUUGGAUAAAUACAUCUAAUGACACAGGUGUACAUCAAUCAUUUGUAGGUCUCUAAUUUACUGACCACAGUUUGAAAUAGUUUCUGUUGUAUGUGUGUGUAAUCAGGCUUUUACCAUUUUUACUGUUUAUAUGUAAUCAUGUUGCACUUAAUGGAUAAUGCUCAAUUCUUUUAGAUUCUGUCAUCUUCAUAAUGGGAUUUGUCCCAAAGAGACAUCACUGUGUGGACAUUUGCGAUUUGCAUAAGACCAUUUUUUUUUUUUACUUGCCCUCACCUAUAGCAUAUAUGAAAAACAUUAUAUUACUAAUCACAAAAACUAUCCACCUUUUUCUUGUCGUAAAAAUGGGCGUGGCCAUUUGAAAAUUCUAUGGGUGUGGCUUCCGGUCUCAUCUGCGUCCAGCUAUUUUUAGCUGUACAAAACAGUUGGUUUUGCUGCUUGAUAUUGAAAGUUGGUGUGUCUUUUCAUAUUGUUUUAAUGUAUUAUCUUAAUUAUGAACACACUGGUUUGAAGUGCAAACAGUUUUACCGUUUAUUGCACGUUGUUAGUCUCCUCGUUAUUCACCUAUAGCGGCUAAUGAACCGGAAGUCUCACCCAUAGGAAAAAGGUGGAUAAGGUAUGUUUGUGUAUAUUUUGACAUAUCAUAAAUGUUUAACUGAUAUAUGUUUUACUCUAAGCAGUUUACAGUACACUUACAAGUGUAUUGAAGAAAGGAAGAGUAGUGAUGGAUAAAUUAUGAAACAUGAUGAAUAUUAACUGUUUAAUUACUUUAAAAUGGUUCUUUUAAGCGAACCAUUUGAACUGGUUUGCCAAAUCAGACUGAAUGAAUUAGCACAGAUCAGAUCUCUCUCCCUCCACUUCACAGCUUCCUACACUUACAAUAAACUAGGGCCAGAGUGGGACCCAUUUUCAGCCCUAGAGUUUCAUGCCUUAGGCCGGACCACUUUAGUUCAUGACUGACCAGGCCCAGAUUGGCUAAUCGGGAGCACUGGGAGAAUUCCUGGUGGGUCGGUCUGUUUUUUUGCCCAUGAGGGCUGGUGUUGUCAUGCCAUUGGGUUGAAAUAUGGAUGCUGCCCCUAGGCUGCCUGCACUCACAGCAGCCCCACUCUCUUUUAUCGCAGAGUGCAGCCUGCAGGUUAAUAAUGACUCUAGGGCUGCCAAACCGUUCCGUAUAAUAUGGAAACAUCCCGUAUUUAAGGCAUCAAAGAAGUAUCCCGUAAGAAAGCUGUAUGGAAGGCAGUCUGUCCCGUAUUUGAAGACAUGCACUGUAUGACCAGGGCCGGAGUGGGACUCAUUUUCAGACCUGGAGUUUUAAUGCCUUAGACUGGCCCACUUUAGUUCACGACUGACUAUAUUAACAUAAUGUAAUUACAACCUCAGUAUAUAAGUCUGCAAUAGUGCACUGUUCUAUUAAGCCUCAUGAUUUAUUUUAUUUUUCUUGAGCUUUCUUUUUUAUAUAUACUGGUCUUUUCAGAGCCACCUUUGCACUUUCUAUUAUCAAUUUUUUAGUUAUUAUUUUUGUUUUUAUUUUUGUAUUAUUUUGUUCGCAUAUCUGCAACAACUUUUUUUGUUUUUUGAGCAACGUAGCGCUGUCAGGGGAGUCAAAAAAUAAUCACGUCAUCAUUAGGGUUGCCAGUUCACUUUAGAAAUGGAAAACUAAGGACAAUUGUGAUUCGUUAUAAGAAAAUAAGGGACGCUCAAAAUACGGCGAAUGGAAUUGCCAGUAGCACAAGUCCUGCUUGCCGUGAAGUGGGAGCAGCCGGCAGAGGAUUUCGCUUGUUCUUAAAGCCUUCCUCAAAUGGCAAUGUUCACAAAUAAAACAAUGAUUUGUGCAAAAAGAAUGAUUAAUUAUCAGUUGAGAAUUUGUUAUUCAUAUGGUCUAGUGGUCAUAUGGUGCAUGUCUGCGAAUAUGGGACAAACAGCAUUCCGUAUAGCUUUCAUUUGGGAUGCUUCUUUGAUGCCUUAAAUACGUGACCAUUCUGUAUUAUACGGAACAGUUGGCAAUCCUAGAGUCAGCAUCACAUUUACAAAAAAAUAUCUUGAUUAUCCCCAAGACUUUUGAGCAAAUAUUCUGUGGACUGAUGUGACAAAAGUUGAACUUUGUGGAAGGUGUGUGUCCCGUUACAUCUGGCGUAAA